CGAUCCGCCAAUAAAAACGAAGAAGAAGAAGAAGAAGUGGCAAGAUGGCGAUGCACAUGAGGAGGACGCUGGUAGCCCUUCACCGAGCGACAGGCAGCAGUCUGAAGAAUGCUGAGACGUCUCUGGACGUGUGGCAUCCCGUCCCACUGUUCCUGCCGGUCCGGACCAAGAAGCGAUAUUUCAUCCCUCCGGCGGUUGGGCUGAAGGGGACGAGGUCGGAGAACUUGGAGGCCAAGGCCCAGACGGCAGGCAUCGUUUUCAGACAGCAGUACAUUGAGAGGCCCAUCAACAUUUCCUGCACUGCGGGAAUCUUCGACGCCUACAUCCCUCCUGAGGGCGACGCUCGUCUUUCCACUCUGUCUAAAGAAGGACUGAAACAACGGACCGAACAGAUCCGACAGAGCGCCACCACACAGCUAGCGAUCCGUAAGAUCAAAGAGCACGACUCUCAGUUCACGACGAAGGAUUUUGCAGAGCGAGCUCAAGAGAUCUUCAUCGAGGCUCACCACGCCCUGACGCAGUUCAACAAGGAGAAACUGCACUCCUUGGUGACGGAGAGGUGUUACCCUGAGAUGACGAGAGGGAACCGCUACAAGACGAUCCGCUGGAGGUUCGUCGAAUCCCUGGAGGCGCCCAAGGUGGUCCAAGCCCGCUGCCCUGACAUGAUCAGUAAAGGCAACCUGUACGGUCAGGUGACGGUCCGCAUGCACUCCAGACAGACUCUGGCCAUCUACGACCGCUUCGGUAGGCUGAUGCUGGGCAGCGAGGAGCAGCCGAAGGACGUCUUGGAGUAUCUGGUCAUAGAGCGACACCUCGUCAACCCGUACGGCCGCUGGAGGUUACACGGAAAAAUAGUGCCGUCCUGGGCUCCCGCCAAGGACCCGAUUAUUAAGACUGUUAUGAUUCCUGGUCCAACCUUGAAGCCAGGAGAAGAGUUUGACGCCCUCAACUAUGAAGUUCCCAAACCAGAGGCAGUACAGUGGCAUAAAUAGACCACCAGGUGGCACUGCUCCUUUCUUCAAAACCACAGUUGGACAUUAACAGCAGUCACGGGCCAAAUGCUGUUUAAAAUUUGGCUGUGGCUGGUUAGUUAGUCCGUUUUGGCAGGAAACCAGGCUUCCUUUGGAGGCUUUUUUUUCUGUUUUGAAAAGUGCUGUUGGCUGUUAAAACGUUGAAGCAGCAGGUGAGUUUUAGGAUGAACAAACUGCUUUGUCUUGUAGCCAAUAAAACUGCUUCUUACUCUGCAGCAAAUCACCACAUAACAGUCUGGAUUCAACCAACUCCUUUCAAGACUUUUUUUUUUUUUUUUUAUGAGACUAAUUUAAUGUGUACAUGUAAAGAAAAUAAUAAUAAACAGACGUCCAGAAAUUGCAUGGUUUAUUUCUGUGAUGAAUAUACUGCAUGUUGACCUUGGGGGGGAAAUACAAAAAUAAAGUGUCCCAUCUGCUCUUCUUCACACCA